AUGUCUAGGCAAGUGGACGAUUCCGCAGAUCAGAAGGAACUGGGCGCAGAAUCUGCCCGAGGCCCGCAGCGGGACGGACCCCAAAAGCCAGACAAGACACAUCAGCACAUUUCGCACCUCCUGAAAGCUGCAGAUAGGCGAGUUCUAGAAACCGGCUCGAAUGAAUGGCGUGACAAAUGGUAA